GGCCACGACAGCACUCGAAAGGAAUCAUGUUCUCUUUCAAAGUUAUGCCUUGGGUUUUGCUUCCUUUGUUGAUUGUGUUAGUGGAAGCUGCAAAGGAAGAUAAAAAAGUUGCAAAGGCAAAGCCUAAAGACUUGAGCCUGAAGGACAUUGCGUUUGUUGUUAUCAGUCAGCCUAACUCUUAUCAUCGGAAAAGGUCCUCUGAGUUCAAGAAACAUUUUCAAGAACAAACAAAAGAUCUUAAUAAGGAUGAAAGGCCUAAACUAUACUUUACACAUGAAAACUGGGAUCUGAUAGGAGCCUUCACAGUUCUGCCCCUAAUGCCAGUAUUUGCCAAGGACUUUAAAGACUUCUCUUGGAUUUUUAUAUGUGAAGAAGAAACAAGAUUGGAUGUUUUUAAACUCUUGGAUGUUCUGCAAAAAUGUAAUCCAAACAAGGAAUACUUCCUGGGUAAUGCUCUGAGAGACAGAGAAGCCACCAUUAUACAUCAUUUUGCCAAUGCUAAUAAUCCAUCAUCCUUUGCCUUCCCUGACUUUGGUGCAGGGAUGGCUCUAAGCAGAGCUUUGUUCAUGAGUGUAGGGCAAAGAUGGCCUGAUGACUCUGUCAGAUCAGAUUUUACUAUAGAUCCCAAACAUGAACUAGCUUUGGUGAUACAGAAUGAUGAUAAAGGAGUGAAUCUAACAGAAGUACCAGAGUUAUGUACCUUUGAUUACAAUGAGAAGUGUGCGUCUUGGUACCCUCUGAAGUUUCCAGACUGUGGACCAGAAAUUCCUGAAGACAAACUGUUUGUUGGAGUGAAGACUUGUGAAAAGUUCCACACAGAAAGGGUGCCUAUUGUGAAAGAAACAUGGGGAAAAGACACAAAGAAUAUUGAGUAUUUCAGUGAGAAGGAAGAUCCUGCCAUUCCCACUGUCAGCCUAGGGGUCGCCAAUACAGAGAGAGGGCAUUGUGGGAAGACUAUGGCUAUGUUGAGGAGGUGGCACAAAGAUAAGAAAUAUGCCAAGGCAUCCUGGUUUCUGAUUGCUGAUGAUGACACAAUUAUCAAUUUGAAGAGACUGAGGAAGUUAUUGGCAUGUUAUGAUCCAAAGGAACCUGUUCACCUGGGGGAAGUUUAUGGUUAUGCUAUAGCCAAGAAAAACUGGGGCUAUACUUACAUCACAGGAGGGGGAGGGAUGGUUUUUAGCAGAGAGGCCAUUAAUCAGUUGGUGAUAAAUGGUGAGGCUGAUUGCCAUGCGGACGAUUCUCCCGAUGAUAUGACACUUGGAAUGCGAUACAAACGUUUGGACAUCAGUUUGGUUCACAGCCCAUACUUCCAUCAGGCUCGACCAGUAGACUAUAGUUUAGACUUCCUGGCUGCCAGAACUCCUCUAUCAUUCCACAAACACUGGAUGUCAGACCCCAGGGCUGUGUAUGCAGACUUGAUGAAGGAAAACACAGAUAGUCAGACAGACAAUGUGUCCACUACAACAAAGAGACAGACAGAUGAUGUAACCACUACAACAGAGAAAUCUGAAGGGGAUCAUGAAGAAUUAUAGUGUUAUGUACUAGUUAACACUGCAGUCAAUCAAAUACAAAUGAAUUUUUUUUUGACUUCAAUUACUGUAAAUGUACUUUACACCACAGGUUCAUAAUUCCGUAGAAUCACAAUUUUGGAUGAAUCCGUCGAUAAAAAUUAUGGGGAUUUCUUAGAUUGCCAUUUUAUGUCUCAAAUUCACUUUAAGUAUGCUGCAACAAAUUUUCUCUGAAUAUUUGUGAUGUGUACAUAGCGUAAAUUAAUCCCACAAGGAAAAAAGGACAUUUACAUUUUUUUAGUGGAGGAUGGAAUCUAAAAAAGUGCCCAUGUUUAUAGUUGAAAAACACUUUUCUUAAUAUAUAUCAAUACUGCAGUUGCUGAAAAGUUCUGCUCUUUCAUAUUCCGUUUGUUUUGGGUUUUUUUUAUUUUGUUUGUUUGUUUGUUUUUUUUUUGGCAAACAAAGAAAUUUAUUAUAUACCGGUAUGUUUCUGUUUUAAGAAACCUAGA